AUGUCGGAAACUAAAGCUAAACAGCCUACGGUUGCGGUUGACGCCAAUCCGGUGACUCCGGAAAAGAUCGACCAGGCGUGGGAUUAUCUGACCAACCAUGACAAUAAUCAUAACACGGAUCCUAUUGAUCUCGCAGCAACUCGUCGGAAGAUUGAUCUGCGGAUCAUGCCGUUUAUGUUCUGCUGCUACUUCUUGCAGUUCAUUGACAAAGUUAUGUAUAAUUACGCGGCAGUCAUGGGCAUGAAGCAGGAUUUGGGACUCAAGGGGAACAACUUCAGUAAUGCUGCAAGCGCUUUCUUCAUCGCAUAUUUGAUUGCGGAAGUUCCAAAUGUGUAUAUGCUCCAAAAAGUGCCCCCUGCAAAGUGGCUGGGAAUAAAUGUAGCACUCUGGGGAGUCGCUGCGGCUGCUUCUGCCGGUGCUAAGGACUAUCCUACUCUCCUGACCUCGAGAAUCUUCCUGGGCAUUUUCGAGGCAACAGUCGGACCCUCCCUCAUGCUCCUCAGCAGUCAGUACUACACCAAGAAGGAACAGGCCCCCCGGUUUACGUUCUGGUACAUGGGCCUGGGUGUGGCUCAGAUCUUCGGAGGAUUGAUCUCCUUUGGUUUCCAGCAUGUGAAAAACGACUCUUUCGAAGGCUGGAGGAUUAUGUUCCUUGUAAUGGGCUUAAUCACCGUCAUCGUGGGAAUUGCCACGUUCUUCGGCAUUCCCGACACGCCAAUGAAGGCGCACUUUCUCUCGGAGGAUGAGAAGAUUUGCAUUAUCAAACACGUCAGUGUUAACCAAACUGGCAUCCACAGCAGCAAGUUUAAUUAUAAGCAUAUCUUGGAAGCGUUUCUAGAUGUGCAGGUCUGGCUGUUGACUCUGACGGUAGUUCUGCAAUCCGUUUCCAGCGGUGUCGUGACUACCUAUUCGGCUACCUUGAUUGGCUCAAUGGAUUUCGGGGGCCCUAUUUCGGCUCUUCUGAAUAUGCCCUCCGGUAUCGUCAGCAUAUUCUUCACCCUCCUUGUAGGCUUUGGUAUCCGGAAAGCCUCGAACCGAUGGGCCUGGAUACUUAUAUGCACUAUCCCUGGUAUCAUUGGUGCAGCCCUCAUGUCCUUCCUCCCAAAGGGCAACAAACCCGGUGUUCUCAUUGGAAUCUACCUAGUCAAUGCCAUUGUUGCUCCACUACCCGUGAUCUACCAUUGGACGGCGGCCAACUGCGCCGGUUACACCAAACGCGCAUUCUCCAGCGCUCUGGUGGCUGGUUCUUUUUCGAUUGGAAACAUCAUCGGUCCCCAGACAUUCCAGCAACGUGAUGCCCCGGAAUACCGGCCCGCGAAGAUCGCCGUUUUGGCCACUCAGGCGGCCUCGGCUGUUUUGGCUGUGGUGCUGUGGCAGUACUAUGUCUGGGUGAACAGGCGCCGAGAUAUUGCUCAGGCAACGAGUGGGCAGGAGGAGACUGUUACUGACGCUACUGCCUGGGGUGGUUUCACGGAUAAGGAGAACAAGAAUUUCCGCUAUGUGUAUUAG